AUGCCUCUUUCUGCCGGCGAAAUUGAACGCGCAGAGCGGCUGCUUAAGCGUACAAUCGCUAAACGCGAUAUGUUAGUGUCACAAGUCCAAUUGUUAUGUGAUUUGGCGCAUAAAGUUGGAACAGAUAAGGAGGUCCUCCCGUUGUUUCGAGCUAGGAAAAAAGACAUUGGUGGUUUGCGCACUCAAUGUUCGCUUGAGCAAGACUCUAUUCUCGAUAUUUUAAUUCAACUCCAACGCGAGGAAGAGUAUAACUCAGUUCAUGUACCUAUUGGGAACAAGCUGUCGGAAAACUAUUAUCUGAUUAUGGCGAUUUCUGACGACGUUCUCGUCGAACCUUCUGUGCGUUCAGAACCAACCGGUGUUAAUACCGCGCGCAUGCAGUCGCGCAUACAAUUACCAAAAAUAGAAUUACCUUCAUUUGAUGGUUCGAUAUUAGAAUGGCGAUCUUUCCGUGACAUAUACAUAUCUCUCGUACACAAUAAUGAGAGCAUUGAUGACGCGGAACGUUUCCAUUAUUUAAUUUCGCGUUUGUCUGGUUCUGCGUUGUCAGUUAUUAAAUCCGUGCCCCUCACUGCGGCAAAUUAUGCCAUUGCGUGGGGAGCGCAGUCGGAUCGUUUCGACAAUAAGCGAUUAUUAGCAUCGGCACAUCUGGACAAACUGUUCGCUUUUAAGCCGAUAGUUCAAGAAUCGUUACCCGCGCUAAUGGAAUUUGUAAACACUUUCAAAGAAAAUGUAUCCAUUAUCAAAUCCAUCGGCGUCGAUGAUCUGGCCGGGUUUUUACUAUUUCAUAUGGGAUCGCGUGUGCUCGAUCCAACCACACUACGCCUAUUCGAGUCUAGUAUAUCUCAAUCGACAAUUCCCGAAUUUGGUGAACUAUUGGACUUUGUUCAACAGCGUUGUAAGAUUUUAGAAAAUCUUAAGCUGAGCAAUAAAAUCGAGAAUAAAAUUGAUCACGUCGAUAAAUGGCGCGAAAAGGCGCCCAUUCGUGGGAAAUCAACCACUUCAACAAAAUCCGUCCUUGCUGUGACUACGUCUUCGCCAAACAAGUCCUCGAUUAAAUUCGUUUCGAGAAACUGUGUGUUUUGUGAUCACGCCGAUCACAACAUAUAUCAAUGCCCGAAAUUUAACGAGUUAUCUGUCGAAAAACGCCGCGAUAUUGUUGUUAAGCAAAAAUUAUGUUUCGCAUGCCUCAAUCCGACACAUAUGGUUAAGGACUGCUCGUCAAAAGGUGCCUGUCGUUCGUGUAGCAGUAAACAACAUCAUUCGUUACUACAUCUUACUUCUUACAAAUCAUCGACUACGGAGACCCCGUCAACAUCGGAAAACGGAAAUUCUACUUCAUUUGUGGGUGCAGCUCGUACUAAUUCUACUGUUGUACUAGGCACCGCCGUCGUUCACAUUAAGGAUGCAUGGGGGCAAACUCAUGCAGUUCGUGCACUUUUAGACAGUGGCUCUCAACUUUCAGCCAUAACAAACAAUUGCUCAGCUCGACUUGGGUUACCCCGAAAUCGUUUCCAGUCCAACAUUGUUGGACUCGGUCAAAGCCCUGUAACUCAAAUUCAAGGUGUCACUAAAUGUCAAUUCACUUCACAUUUUGAUUCAAAAUACGUGUUUCCCACAGUAGAUUUGGUUGUUUUACCACACAUUACGGCGGCCAUGCCGUCCGCACAUUUGCCCUCUAACGUACGUCAUCGGUAUCGACAUCUUUUACUUGCUGAUAAGCACUUCGACGUCCCAGCGCGAAUCGAUGUUCUCUUUGGGGCGGAUGUCUUUCCUAACCUCAUUCGUUCACAGGCUGGCGUUGAACAUUUUGCAGGCUUUCCAUCAGCUCUGGACACCAAAAUUGGUUGGAUAAUCUUUGGAUCCCUUUCUACAUCAAAUACCACGCCGUUAGUCGCUCUUACAACCGCUGUCGAUCAGUCGAUCGAUGAUCAACUGUCACGUUUUUGGGAAAUCGAAGAACCUGCCGCCUCUGUAUCACCCACCACUGAAGACCAAUGGUGUGAAACGUUUUUUAAAAAUUCUACGUCACGUGAUUCGUCAGGCCGAUUUUGCGUCGCCUUACCGUUUCACGAUUUGUUUACCAAUUCUGUCCAGUUUCAAACUUCGUCACCUCACGGCCUUGGUGAGUCUCGGUCCGUCGCGUUAAAGCGUUUUCACAACCUGGAAAGAAGGUUGGCGAAGGACGUGGAGUUGUAUGCCGCUUAUCGGCAGUUUAUGUCCACAUAUUUAAAGUUAGGUCACAUGGUGUUAGCUCCCGAACCCGGCAAAUAUUUUAUACCUCAUCACGCCGUACUCAAGACGGACUGUGACAUGUCAAAAAUACGAGUGGUUUUCGAUGCCUCGUCUGUUUCUUCGUCUGGUCGUUCCUUAAACGACGUUCUAUGCACUGGUCCCAAACUACAGGUGGACUUACGUGACAUUUUACUACGUAGUCGGUUGCACAGAUUCAUUUUGACCGCCGACAUUGUUAAAAUGUACCGGCAAAUUUUAAUCCAUUCCGAAGAUCGCGUCUUUCAACAUAUAUUUUGGCGCGAUUCACCCAGUGAUAAUCUUCAGGAAUACCAGUUAUGUACCAUUACAUAUGGCCUUAAUUGCGCUCCAUAUCUGGCCAUUCGUUGCUUACACGAACUUGAUGAGCAGGACGGUCAUCUCUUCCCCUUGGCAAAAGGUGUUCUCAAUCGAUCAACUUAUGUUGACGACAUAGUUGUCGGUGCCGACACGGAGGAGCAACUUCUACGUCGAAAAGAGGCAAUCGUCAGUUUGCUCCACAACGGGGCUUGUGAACUGAGCAAAUGGACCAGUAAUAGUGCUCUCGUCUUAGGGUCCAUCAGUCCUGACCAUCGUGCGAAUUCCGUAUCAUUUGACCCACGGGACGAACAUUCGGUGAAAGUUCUUGGGUUACAUUGGGACACCACUAAUGACAAUUUCGCCUACCAUACCAGCAUCCCUCAAGCCUCGUCUACCAAACGGCAAGUUCUGUCAAUCAUUGCACGUUUGUUCGACCCCAUCGGCGCUUUGGGCCCGUUGCUAUUGUGGGCAAAGUACUUUAUGCAAUCACUGUGGGGCAAUAAACUCGGGUGGGACGAUCCAAUGCCAGAAGAGUUAUGGUCCACGUGGCGGCAAUUUUGUUUGGAACUGCCAGCUGUCUUCGACUUAAUUCUUCCUCGUCAUUUUCCGGUGACAUCUCAGCAAGACAUUCAAUUGUUGGGUUUUGCAGAUGCUUCUACUAAAGGUUAUGCAGCGACCAUUUACCUACGAAUUGUCAAUGCAGAUGGAGAUGUGUCUGUCAAAUUGGUCACUUGCAAAACUAAAGUUGCCCCUCUUAGGAUCACGACUACCACCGAAGCGUUGUCCAUACCGCGUUUGGAGUUAUGUGGUGCGUUACUACUGGCACAGACGCUUCAACACACCCACUACGUCCUUUCGUCUGAAAUAUCCUUAUCUCGCAUCCGAGCGUGGUCAGAUUCAUCUAUUGUGUUGUCGUGGCUGACAUCAGAUCAGAAAUAUUUCAAGAUCUUUAUUACCAAUAGAGUCGCGAAAAUCCACCGGCUUAUACCUGAUUGUGAAUGGAAUCAUGUAUCGACAACUGACAAUCCGGCGGAUCCUGCCUCUCGCGGCCUUUUGCCACGAGCGACCGUGGCAUCAAGAAUCUACUGGGACGGUCCCGAUUUUUUACAGCUUCCGGAAGAACAGUGGCCAAAGUCUAAACUCUCUCCACUAAGUCCGGAUCAGUUGCCCGAAACUAGACCUAAUAUCACCACAAUGUUAACCGUGAAUGUUCAAUCACCAUCGCUGGAAUUGUUCAGUCGUUUUUCUUCACUCAGCAAACUGCAACGAGUUUUGUCAUUUGUUCUCCGAUUUUUGCGUCGUCUCCGUCACCAGUUUGUCAACGUCGGACCAUUGACAUUCGCGGAACGCGAAGCAGCAUUACGUGUCGUCGUACAACGGACUCAACAACACUACUUCUCGGAUUUGUCAAAUAUGUUAAGAACCAAGUCUGCCGUUACACCAUCCUCCUUGGCGCAACUGGCGCCCUACACCGAUGUUAACGGAGUCCUACGUGUUGGAGGUCGCCUACGAUUCUCAUACGUCCAUCAGGAGGCGAAGCACCAGAUUCUUCUGCCUCGAUCAUCACAUCUCACGGACUUGUUGAUCAGACACUAUCACUUAUCCUUUCUUCACGGUGGGCCGAAGUUAAUCAUAUCAAUGUUGAGCCAAAAAUUUUGGAUUUUGUCCAGUCGUGCCGCUGUACGACGUGUCAUUUUUUCCUGUGUCCCUUGCACACGCCACAAGGCCGUCCGGCCCCAGCCAACCAUGGCUGAUUUGCCACCCUUUCGUGUCCAGCCUCAUCGACCAUUUUCCCACGUUGGAAUGGAUUAUGGUGGUCCAUUUCUCGUGAGGGAGCAUCGCCGACGAAACGCUCAAGCCGUUAAGGUUUACUUGGCAUUGUUUGUAUGUAUGUCUGUGAAGGCGGUUUAUCUCGAGGUCGUCACCGAUUUGACCACAGACGCCUUCCUUGCAGCAUUGGAUCGUUUUAUUGCACGACGCGGAAUUCCAACCAACCUGUAUUCAGACUGCGGCACAAAUUACGUAGGUGCGGCACGGCAACUUAAGUCUCUCUUUCGUGAUGCUAAGGCACAAGACCGCUUGUCUUUGCACUCAACUUGUACAUGGCACUUCAAUCCUCAGGCCGCACCACACUUUGGUGGCAUUUGGGAGGCUGGAAUUAAGAGCGCCAAGCAUCAGCUCAAACAUGUCAUAGGCCAACAAGUACUUACGUACGAAGAAUUUUAUACCUUGAUCACUCGCAUCGAAGGUAUACUCAAUUCCAGGCCUAUCACACCGACAUCGUCUGACCCGCAUGACUUGAGUGCGUUGACCCCAGGCCAUUUCUUGAUCGGACAGCCCAUCCAUGCACUUCCCGAACCCGAUAUCACUGAUACAAGGAUCAACAGGCUCAAUCGAUGGCAACUAAUCAGACAAUGUCACCAAUCGUAUUGGAAAAGAUGGUCCCGCGAGUAUUUGUCCACACUUCAAUCCCGUCACAAAUGGUUCAAACAGUCUCCGAACCUGAGAAUCAACGAUCUGGUAAUUGUAGAAGCUCCUUCUCGGCCACCAACGGAAUGGCGUUUGGGGCGCAUAAUCGACGUUCACCCCGGUUCCGACGAAGUCGUACGGGUUGUCUCUGUGCGCACCCAGGAUGGUGUUUUCAAGCGUCCGGUUGUGAAGCUUGUGCGGUUGCCUAUCGAACCGUAA